AAAAUGUCACUUUAAUGAACUUCAUAAUCUAUAACUGUCAUCCUGCUUAUUAAUCUUUGAGUUUUGAACCAUUUUCUGAUAUUUUUUGUUGGUCAAGUGUAAGCAGGGGUUUAUUUUAUUAUUUAAAAAGAAUAAUUUAUUUAUAAAGCCGGUUCUGCGUCAAAAAAUAACUGCAACCGAUGUCAGAUACCUCCAUAACAGCGAGUCAAGCCCCUAAGGACGAUCAGCCGUCAGCGAAAAUACCUGAUUCUAUAAAGAAAGUUAUAGGCAUGGAAAAAGAGAACGAAACGAAUGCUAAUCGAAAAUCAAGAAUUGAUCUCAAUGCACUGCCUACACGCCAAUACCUAGACCAAACAGUUGUUCCUAUAUUAUUACAAGGACUAUCAGCAUUGGCUAAAGAGAGGCCGCCAGAUCCCAUCAGUUACUUGGCUGCUUAUCUACUUAAGAAUAAAAAUACAUUUGAAAAUAAUAAUGCCGGAACAAACAACAAUGCACCACCAAAUUCACAAACAUAGAUAAAUUUUAAUUUAAUUUAGCAUAAUAUGCCCAUAAGGGAACCAUAAAAACUUUAGUAUCAUGCUUAUAAAUUGGCAAUAAAGUUUAUUAAAUUGAUGAAGUCACAAAAUACACAGAUUUAUACAUAUAGAAUAAAUUUCUAUUCUGCAGUCCUUUUGAAACAAUACACUUAACACUGCUUUGUACAUUGCAAAGCAAGAGCCUUGAUCUCAUUAAAUAGAAGUAUUGUAACUUGCCUAAUUUUGUUUUUACCAAUAAACAUAAAUGGACCUUAUUGCCAAUAUUUAUAAGAAAUUUUUUCUUAUAACAGUUUCUGUGACACACAGUAGACAGCUGUUUAACCUAAUGUAGCCAAUAACUUUAAAAUGUAUACCAUCACAUAAACCAUUAAAAAUGUGAUGUUUAUGUAGACAAAAUAUGAUGUGGACAUCAUUUUCCGUUGUUUUUUGUAUAAGAUUCAAACUUGAUGAACUCUAGGUUGUAAGUCCGUGCCUGCUAAAGUGCCACGGUCAUUGCGGAGGAAAUGUACUUAUAGGUUUGCAUUUCACAUUUUUUACAUACUACCUAUACCUAAAGUUAUCUAUGUAGUUUAUUGGAAUAUUCAAAGACAACAUAAAGUUUGGAUGAUGAUGUACUCUUUUAAUGUUUGUUCAUAAUUCUAUACAACAAUAAUUCAUACAAUAUUAAUGUAUAUAACAGAUUGAUCUACAAAAAUCUUCAUUAAAUCCAAAAUCACUUGUAAAAAUCUCUAUUUGUAUUCACUAUGUCCUGUUUAGCCGAUUACAUGUUAGCUUUUAAUCUCAUAUCAAUGAUAGUAUUUGUUUAGAAAAAGACCUGUCAUGGAAUUGCCGCUUAUUUACUUUUGUUCCAAGAAGCUAUAUUCUGCUGGAUGUCAUGUAUAAUAUAAUUUAGUUGGCGAGAAAUGAGUGCCAAUUAACCAUGGGUUUCUGAUGCCAAAAUCUUUGAAUAAAACAAAUUAUCAUUGACAAAACAGAGAUAACAGUAUUUUUC